AUGUUCACACAAUUUGGCGCCACGGCAGACACACUAAGCAAGGCAUCAACACUCAUGUUUCGGAUCGGUACGGACGCUCACUUAUACGACGAUCCAGAAGACGUGAACAUCGCACCCUUACUCGAUAGCAAAUUCGACUCCGAGAAAUGCGAAGCUCUUAAACGCCUCCUCGCUCUUAUUGCUCAAGGCUUUGACGUCUCCAAUUUCUUCCCUCAGGUUGUUAAAAAUGUGGCAUCUCAAUCAUUGGAAGUAAAGAAGCUGGUUUACUUGUAUCUUCUACACUAUGCUGAGAAGCGUCCGAAUGAAGCAUUGCUAUCAAUCAAUUCCUUCCAAAAGGAUCUGGGAGAUACAAAUCCAUUGGUGAGGGCGUGGGCGUUGCGUACUAUGGCAGGAAUCCGCUUACAUGUAAUUGCACCACUUCUUCUGGUGGCUGUGGGGAAAUGUGCAAAGGAUCCGGUUGUUUACGUGAGAAAAUGUGCUGCCAAUGCUCUUCCUAAGUUUCAUGAUUUGCGCCUCGAGGAACAUUCCUCUACAAUUGAAGAGAUUGUUGGAACAUUGUUAAGUGACAUUUCACCUGGAGUAAUUGGAGCUGCUGCUUCGGCAUUUACUUCUGUUUGUCCAAAUAAUUAUUCUUUGAUUGGAAGAAAAUAUAGAAAGUUAUGUGAGAUUCUUCCAGACGUGGAAGAGUGGGGUCAGAUAGUUUUGAUUGGAAUACUUUUGCGGUAUGCUAUAGCAAGGGGUGGUCUUGUGAAAGAAUCAAUAAUGUUCUCUUUACAUGGUAGAGAAAGUUCCCAUUCUGAAAAGGAUGAUUCAGAUGAUGACUUUGCAUUUAAAAAUGAUGUAAAAUAUGACUCUGAUUUAGCAAGGACGAUCUCUAGAUGUUAUAUUGAAGGGCCUGAUGAAUACUUGUCAAGGUCAAGUUAUGCUAACAGGAUUUCCCUUGAAUUUAAUGGAGCAAAAUUUACAUCUGGCAAAAGUAAUGAUGAGGUGAAAAUCCUACUUCAGUGCACAUCUCCUCUGUUAUGGAGUAACAAUAGUGCAGUGGUUGUGGCAGCAGCUGGUGUACACUGGAUCAUGGCUCCAAGGGAGGAAGUCAAAAGAAUUGUUAAACCACUUUUGUUUUUGCUGAGAUCAUCUAACACCUCAAAAUAUGUGGUCCUUUGCAACAUUCAAGUGUUUGCUAGAGCGAUGCCUUCCCUCUUUUCUUCGCACUUUGAAGACUUCUUUGUAGUUUCUUCCGAUUCAUACCAGAUAAAAGCUCUGAAGCUGGAGAUUCUUUGUUCUAUUGCUACCGAUUCGUCUAUCUCAUCCAUAUUCAAAGAGUUUCAGGAUUACAUUAGAGAUCCAGACAGGAGAUUUGCAGCUGACGCUGUUGCUGCUAUUGGUUUAUGUGCACAACAACUUCCCAAUAUGGCCAGCACAUGCUUGGAAGGGCUGUUGGCUCUGACUAGACAGGAUUUUUCAACCUGUGACUCUGAGUCCAAUAAUGGAGAAGCUGGUGUUCUAAUUCAAGCAAUAAUGUCAAUUAAAUCAAUCAUUACACAAGAUCCCCCUCUCAUGAAAAGGAAACUUUAUGUUCAUGUUGUAAUUCAGUUGGUCCACAGUUUGGAUUCAAUCAAAGUGCCUGCAGCCCGUGCAACAAUAAUUUGGAUGAUAGGAGAGUACAGGAAUUUAGGGGAGAUAAUCCCAAGGAUUUUAACUAUUGUACUGAAGUAUCUUGCUUGGAGCUUUACUUCAGAAGCAUUGGAAACAAAGCUUCAAAUUCUUAACACCACCGUUAAGGUGCUAUCAGGUGCAAAAGGGGAAGAAAUGCUGACAUUCAGAAAAGUAGGGAGCUAUGUGAUCGAACUUGCUGAGUGUGAUUUGAACUACGAUGUUCGCGACAGAGCUCGCUUUCUGAAGAAACUUCUGCAGUGCAGUUUAGAUCAUGGAGAACUUGAGCUAGAUACGGACUGUCCACCCAAGAAGGACCUGCUACAAGUACUUGCAGAAUGCAUGUUUCGGGGACAAGCAAAACAACUGUCUGAAACCAUGGACUAUCGGGUCUAUCUUCCUGGAUCUCUCUCACAGAUAGUCCUUCAUGCAGCUCCAGGAUAUGAACCUCUCCCAAAACCUUGUAGUAUUGUUGACCAUGAGCUUGGUACAAAUGUGAUUCGUGGUGUGGACACACUAAGUGAGAAAGCAGAUGGUACUGACUCGUCAUCUGGAUCAUCAUAUGAGGAAAGUGCUUCUGAUUAUAGUUCUGAACGUUCUAUGACUGUUUCUAGUGGGGAUGCUGGCAGUGAUGAGAAUAGUUCAACAAGAGAGUUUGACAACACCGAUCCAUUGAUUCAGUUGUCAGAUGCUGGUGAUGCUAACCAAAAUCAGAAUGAAGUUCCUCAAUCUACUUCUACUAAUUUGGAGGAACUGAUGUCAAAGAGAGCUCUAGAGACAUGGUUGGAUGAGCAGCCUGGUUUGUCAAACCCGAGCACAUCGGAACAAAGUCAACUCCGUAAAUCUUCUGCUAGAAUCUCCAUUAGGGAUAUCGGAAGUCGAGUUAAACCUAAAAGCUACAGACUCUUAGAUCCUGCUAAUGGAAAUGGCUUAAAGGUGGAUUAUUCAUUUUCACCUAAAAUUUCAAGCAUAUCACCCUUACUUGUUAGUGUACAGGUUUCCUUUGAGAACUGUACUGAUGAGACCAUUUCAGAAGUAACUUUGGUGGACGAGGAAUCUAGCAAAGCUUCAGAUUCUUCUGAGAGCUCACUAUCUCGUAAGGAUGUGCCAACACUGGUUCCUAUGGAAGAAAUUACUUCACUGGAACCUGGUCAGACAGCAAAAAGGAUUGUCUAUGUUUGUUUUCAUCACCAUCUAUUGCCUCUGAAACUCGCUUUAUAUUGCAAUGGCAAGAAGCUUUCCGUUAAGAUGCGGCCUGACAUUGGAUAUUUUGUAAAACCACUUCCAAUUGAUAUUGAAGCUUUCACAGAUAAGGAAUCUCGUCUCCCAGGAAUGUUUGAGUACACCAGGAGUUUCACCUUCAUAGACCACAUUGGGGAGCUCAACAAGGACAAUGGUAAUAAUGCGUUAGUGAAAGACAAUUUUCUCUUGGUUUGUGAAAGCCUAGCAUUAAAGAUGCUUAGCAAUGCAAAUUUUUCUCUCGUGUCUGUCGAUAUGCCAAUUUCUGCCAAACUUGAUGAUGUCUCCGGUUUGUGCUUACGAUUCAGUGGUGAAAUUCUGAGCAACUCAAUGCCUUGCUUAAUUACCAUUACUGCUGAAGGUAAAUGCUCUGAACCGUUAAACGUGUCAGUAAAAGUCAACUGUGAGGAAACUGUAUUUGGCCUAAAUCUGUUGAACAGGAUUGUUAGUUUCCUUAGUUGA